GCCCCGCCGAGGUUGACGACUCGAAUCACAUCGGGGACGGACAGCAGUGAUAUAGCGGCGGGAAUACACAUAAACAAACACACAACGGAUACGGACCGGCUGCGUACUUACCUAUACUAACUACUAGUUGGCUCUGAACGUGUUGAUACGACUGCGUCGGCGCUAGAGCCUGCGCCUACGACGUGUGUGCCUCGGGCGAAAGAAGCUAGUGCGCCGGUGUGGGAGAGGACACAGCACGAAGUCGAAGAGAGGCAGCGGGAAGCACGAGGGGAGAAACGCCCAGCGGACACCAGCAGCGAUGGCCUUCCACUCCAAGUCGACGGGCGGGCUGCGUCUGCCCGGGCCGCCCAAGUCUCCCAGGCCGACGUUUGAGCCGGGAGAGCCGCAGAAGAGGACGCUCAGGAUGCUGAAGCGGGCCCCCCGCGGCGGGAAAAAGCACCUCAACGUCGGCGGCGACAGCGACAGCAGCAGCGAGAAAAGCGAGGAGGACGAGGAGGACGAGGAGCUGCCGGGGAGGGAGUGGACGCUCGAGCAGCUGACGGACGAGUCGCUGCAGGAGUACGUGCGGCACCUGUGGAAGACGCGGCGGCCGCAGGGCCUGAUGGUCGACUACGACUGGUGGCCGUUCCUGCGGGCCGUGUACGAGAGCACGUCGACGCUGCGGCUGCCGCCGCCGCGCGACGAGUCGGGCGACGCGCCGCUGCUGCCGCGCGAGCACCGGCACAACCCGGUGCCGCAGACGCAGGCGAACCGCGUGCCUAAGGGCGCCAACAGCGGCGCCUGGGACUACGUCUGGUACAUCCCCGAGUGGUCGCACCCGGACUUCUCGCCCGACGCCGUGGUCGACUACGUCGGCCGCCGCACCUUCACCCGCACCAAGGACCCCAUCUUCAAGCACGUCCCCGCCCUGCGCGCCGCCGACCAGGUCCGCAACCCGACGCCCUGGGCCCGCCGCUUCGGCAUCCACGCCGACGAGCUCGGCGGCCGCAGCCGCCUCAGCCCCACCAUGUCCGCCACCCGCACGCGCGACCCCCUGCUCGACUUCCAGAGCCAGCUCGCCGUGCUGACCGACGAGCAGCGCGCCGAGCUGCGCCAGGCCUCGCGCCAGGCCGCGCGCGCCGCCGGCGGCGCCGACCCCGCCGACCCCGAGUACGUCGACCCGCGCGCGCUCGCCGAGAUGAUGGCCCGCCUCGGCUACCUCUCGCCCGACCGGUUCGAGGCCAUGCUGCGCAACGCUGCCGUGCUGCCCGAGGUGCCGCUCGACAUCCUGUUCCUCGUGGCCAAGGCCAACUGGCCCAAGGAGGUCGCCGCGCACCGCAACCUGUUCGCGCGCGCGCUCGCCGACCAGAACUACCAGCGGCUCUACUUCCGCAACUUCACGUCCGACGAGCUCGUCCAGUACGGCGCGCUGACCAUGUCCGACGACGUCACCUGCGACCUGCAAGGUCCUCUCCAUCCCUUACUCCAGAGAUCUCGCUGGGAUGAUUCGCUCUGGAAGGGUGACGAGUCGAGCAGGCCCCGGUUUGUGUAUAACCUGAACGGUAUGCGAGGAGAGUGGGAUGCUGCAAGGAACGACGUGGUGUGGGAAGCGCUGCAGCCGGCAUUGCAGAUGGUAUCGCGAAUCCUGUAUAGCAACCCACCGGGCCUGGAAGCUCUCAUGGACAUGAGGACCCGAAGACCGGCACCGGCGGAGGACGACUGGCGAAAGGACCCCGAGACCCCCUUUGUCCCCAUAUACACUCUUAUGGAUAAAAUAGACAUGGACAAGACAUUUGAAGGGAUACGCUUCCUGGCCAGUAUGGGAUACGAUUGGCGGGCAAACACGAUGCGAAUGCUCGAGCAGACGCUGCGCCUAGACCUCUGCAGUGCCUUUUUGAAUCCCGAGGAGAGCGACGACGAAGACGAUAACGAGAAGAUGUUCCCGGCUGCGUACUCUUUCCACUUUGGGAUUACGAAGAUGACGCGGUUGGGACGUGACAGUUACAUAACCUGUAAUUUGGCGAUAGAGCUGAUCUGGCCGCUCCUGGUCCCCGAGUACAGCCAAAGCGAGAAGCUGACAGUCUCGUUCCUGAUCGCCUCGACUCUGAUCCACGAGUUGGCGCACGCUGUCAACGAUGCACAUAAUGCCCUCACCACCGAAAUGUGGGCCCAGCCCCUAGGCCAGAACCCGGAAAUCACCGAAGCGCUCCUCAAGCUCGGCCACGAGUUAUGGGACUUCACGAACCUAAUGUCGGAACCCAUAUUCGAGGGUAUGCCGACACAGGAAUCGGGCUUCGAUGUGGAGAAGUCGCUCUGGGGUUUCAUCGCGGUCAAUCUGCUGAGCACGGCGGACGGUCACUCCCGCCACAUGGUAUGCUCUCCGCUGGUGUUGCUCGCCAGCUCCUGGCCGCGGGUGAAGUUUCCGGGGUCUAAGGGCAUCCUCGGUGGCACGGCACACCCGGGCUUUAUUCAUAGCACGCUGAUCCCCAUCAGCUACCUGGCCCGCUUCUUCCAACAGCGCUUCUGGGACACCGAGUUCAAGACGUAUGGACAUGAAGCCCUCAAGUUUCCCCAUAACUCCGACUCGGUAAAGAGCUCGAUAUUACCAGACUGGCUACCUCCAAGGGCCAGAAUCAUUUUCGGUGACACGGAGCACGCCUGGAUGACCUUCGUGGUCGAUGUUCUCCUCAGCAACAAUUACACCAGCAUAGCCAGUUAUCUCCACGCCCUGUCGACGGAGAUAGCACAGGUUGACGCGUUCGAUCUGCGCUGGCGCCACGAAACCGCGACGUGGGGAAAUCGAACGCUCUUCCCGCUCAGCGGCGCCCUUGUGGAGCUAUCAGAACUGGAGACAGAAAGUACUGAUCUCGAGAUGUUCUCCCAGGCUUCUGUAGAGAAUAAGAUGAAUAUCUACCAGGGAUAUCUCAACGCGACUCAAAAGAACCCGAUGGAGUACCCUGCGUGGGAAGCCUGGGUGGGGAGCCAGUGGGACGAGAUGUACCGCGAUGGCGGUUCGCUGAUGCGGUGCUUGAAGAGGACGAUGUCGUUCGUGGUGCAGGAUAUAGCCUACAUGGAGCGGAUGAUAUUCGACUUCCUCGCGCUAGACAUGACCUCUCGAUCGUAUUUCUACGGGUUAGAAGCCCGAAAGAACUACAUCGGCAUGGCCCAGGCGCGCAUCAUGCGCUUCUACAACGACAUCACCUGGAUCGUCGAGUUCAUCCAGGCGAUCUCCUUGCGGCCCGCCAUGCGGCCCAUCCUGACCCAGUGGCAGCGCUGGGAGAAGACGUACCGCGCCUGCAGCGUGAGGUACCGCAUGCUGAUAGAUAUGCUCGACCACCAAGACCAGCUCCAGCCGGAUGACCUGCGCUGGCGGCGUCGGUUCCCGUCGAUAUCGUCGGCCAGCCUGCGGAGCCGCGUCCAGCGCACGCGCGACCUUGCCAAGCACGAGUACGCGCGACUGGACCCGCGCAUCCGCGAAGUCGUUGACGAUUACGAGGUGUUCGCGCGCCAGGCGAAAGAGGCGGUGGGGUUGCCGCCCCCCCUCAGCGGCGAGCAGGAAGACACGGGAGUCGACCAUGUGCAGAGAGUUCUGGAAGAGGCCUGGAAGGCGCACGGGAUCAUCGACCCGUCCAUCGACCCUGGCCCGGGCCUUUUUACGUUGAAGCCGGCGACCAAGGGGGCGUCGCGGAGACAGUCACAGUCUCUCGCGAGGCCUAAGUCGUCCUUGGAAUCGUGGUCGGCAUCAGGGUUGGCGGGUAGAUGGGCGAGGAGGUUGUCCAAGAACCCCCCCGUUCAGAGUUCAGGCGGCAAGGACGAUCGGCGUGACAGCAACGUCGUCUUCGGCUGGACGAGCCGGCUCAACCCACCCAGGUCGGUGUGGAGACGGCACGUUCGGCGGGGGAGCGGCAGGGUACCCGUGGGCAGUAGCGGUAGCGGAAUGGGUAGCGGCGGCCGGCGACCGUCGCCAGCGCCGGCGGGUCCGACGCGAGGCGGCCGGGUGGAGCGCCGGGCGCGGCCCUGGGCACGUUACGCCAACAUCGGGGCCGACGAAGUGGGGUCGGCCUUUCUCAGGGGGGCUCAGAAGGUGGGGGCGCUCGAGGAGAUCGCCAGGCUCGGCGUGCCGGGAAGCACGAUCGCGGAGCUGCUGGCGCAGGGCUCGUUCGGGGGCGGGACGCCGUUCUCGCGGGUUGGCCCACAGUUCGGCGCGGCGGUGGGCGAGCCCGCCAAAGGCGCCUUCCCGCAGCCGCCGCCACCGGAGUCGUGGGGCCUGCGCAUGUUCCCCAACGGCUACUCGACCGUCGACACGCUGACCUCGGACAUUGAGGCCCACAACAUCAACCAGGUGGCGGCGAGGAUCCUCGGCGGCGUCUGGCUCGGCGGCGACGGCGCGCCGCUCUACCAGUCGUCCGAGCCGUAUCGCGAGCCGGCGCGGCGCCGGUCGAGCGUCGACUUGUCCGAGGAGGAAUCUGGGCGGCCGUUCGGCCUUCUCCCCUUGGCGUUGAGAGACCUCGAUCCUACCGAUUGGAUAGACGAGAGCUGAUCUGGCCGAUAGGCGCCAGGGCUUAGGAGUGGGAGGCACAGCUGGGCGGUCGGACAAGAAUUGUAUGGCUGGCUGGUGGCGAGUGACGUGGGCAGUGAGAAGGAGCCCGUCUAGGAGGUAAGCGGGUAUACGUGAACGGCGGUGAAGAGGCGUCGAUCGGUGUUUUUCCCAUGUCGAUCUACUAAGAGCUGGAGGGUUGUCUAGGAGGCGUACGGCUUUGGCGAUGUGUUUGGUUGUAUAUGUGUAGUGUUUGGGAUGUAGGAAGAAAGAAUAAGCAGUUGUAGUUGUUAUCUAAACAGCUUGAAUCAUACAGGCUUGCUGGAUUAAUCAGCUGCCCCAGGGGUAACGUGGCACGAUGUGAU